UAGUGGUACUGCCCAAGUAGACGCCUCUAGGCAAAUUCAGGAUAUAUCUUUUAUGAUGUUGAUGAAGGAAGAAAGGGAAAUGGGUUGCACAUAAAGAAGUUUGAAGUAGUAGUAGUAGUAGUGAAUGAUGAGAUGCCUUCAGAAGUUAUUCCAGGGAGGACCACAGGGGGUGAUAUGAAAGGAAACACUCUCUCUUUCGCUCUCGUGAUCUCGAUCUCGAGCGAUUGUUUGUGCAAUGUGUCGGCACCAUGUGGCCCUGAAUCAAUGCGAAUUGGGAGCAGAUAGUACAAAUGGUUUUAGGGUAUAUAAGAGCACGUGUAUGUGGGAUUUGAGAAGCAGUGAACAGCUUCGUUUAGGGGUUGGAGAAUGUACUCAGAUUAAGCGUGGUCAAGGUGACUGUCAUUCAUCUGCAUUUGCACCUGCACCUCAGUCACUCGCUCAGUUUCCUCAUCAAACACUUGAAAAUGCUGUGGCAAUUGCAAUCCGAACUGUGUUGGGAACUCAGGUGCAGGUGCAGGUCCAGCUCCUUUGUAAGCUGAAGGUUUCUUAAAGUAGCAAAAGCAAGUGGAACGGUUGAAGUAGAGGUCUUUCUCCAGGAGGUGAAAUCCAAACAAAAUGGGGAAGAUGCAAUUCUCAGCGAGAUGG